AUGGUCAUGAGCACGGCGAAGCGCAGUCGUCCGGCAGAGCUCGCUUGCGACGAGCUGCCGUCCGCUAGCAGCGAGCAGCGCCCGCGCCAAGAGCCAGACAGCGAAGAGAGCGUGCCCACGGUCUCCCGCUGGACGCGCGAGCAGGACGAGCAACUGAAUCGGGGCAUCGAAAAGUAUGGCACCAAGAACUGGAAGGCCAUUGCCAGCAUGGUGCCAGGCCGCAACCACGCGCAGUGCCUCCAGCGCUGGAACAAGGUGCUCAAGCCGGGCCUUGUCAAGGGCCAUUGGUCUUUUGACGAAGAUGACGCGCUCAUCAAGCUUGUGCGCGACGUGCCGUCGGUGCAAUGGUCGGACAUCUCCAAGCAGAUCCCGGGUCGCACAGCCAAGCAAUGCCGUGAGCGCUGGAAGAACCAUUUGGACCCUACCAUCAACAAGGGCCCGUAUAAGUCGGAGGAGGACGUUGUCUUGAUGAACGCGUACCAAGAACUCGGCAACCGAUGGACGCAAAUCGCAGAGUUGCUGCCGGGCCGCACCGAGGACUCGGUCAAGAUGCGCUGGAAGGUGCUGAAUCCGCACGCCAAGUCUAAGGCCAAGCCAGGUCGGCCACCGCUCAUGGCGCCCCCUACGUCGCCGCCAAAGCCGGUGGCGGCACCCACGCCAACGAUCGAGUCGCCCGAAGCGGUCACGGAUGUCCAGAGCGUCUUUGACGACGAGGACGACGGCGAGUCGCAGCAGGUGCUUGCGCGCCGAGCGUCGUCGCUGCUCGAAAGCUUCCGGACGCACGACAGUCUCUUGAGCUUCUCAAGCCUCAAAGCCGAAGACUGGGAAGUGUUCCAAGAUCUCAUGAUGAGCGAUCAGUUUGCAUCGGCCGUCACGACGCGCGCGCCGACGGAAAUGAUGUCAAUCUUCGACUCGUUCAAAGACAAGAGCAUGACCGACGACGAGUUCCAUCGACUCGUCGGCGUCAUCGAGGACCCGGAGGCCAUCAUGGACUUUAUCCAGGAGACGUACGAGUCGGUCGAUCAAGGGAGGGAGUGGGAUAUGCCGCUCUGCUCUUGUGGCUGUGGCGAGACCGAGCUGAUGCACCAAGAGGCGUCGCUCGCGCACUUGGUGCUGCCGCCGCCCGUCUUUUCGUCGCAGCCCGUGCAUUUCGAGACGUACGGCUCGUACCAGCCCCACGUGCAAACCAACAGCCUCAACGAGUACGUCGAAGAUGUCGACGAAGUCGAAGACCUCAUGACGGCCUUCCACGUCGGCAAGCGCAGCAGUCGUCGAUAG